AUGAUCGCUGAGGCGAGGAAAGACUUGCGCCGAUAUGGCAAGAACGUUGGACUGCGGGAUCGGAUAUGUUGUUAUCAGUGGACCCGGUUUACUAUGGCAACUGGCGGCAUAUCCAAUGUUCUCCAUUUUCACAAAUAUCUAAGUAACUUGCCCCUAGUAUCUAACAGCGCCGCCAUUAUUCUAAUCAACAUUUGCGAAUACGGCAUCCCUAGAAGUGGUCUGUGGCUCCAGCGAGUGGUCGAGUUGAUGUUCUGGGUGUAUAUCGGUGCGAGCUACGCUGCCAGCGCGGCUAUGUAUCUUAUUAUAUGGUCAACGCAGAUAUUUCCUAUCCAUAUCAUGACUCCCGUGUCGGUUUUCCCAGCAUACACUUUGUUGCUAGCAGCUCCAUUCGCAAGCAACCUGAUCAGUGACGUCACGCAGGCGGAUACUGAUACGGUCAUCAACACACUUACCAUCGCAUUCUGUACUGUCACGGUCCAAGGGACUGGCUUUCUCAUUAGCUUCAUGCUGCCGCAAGACAUGCAACGUCCCGGUGUGUUUAUAUCCAGUGGUCCCAGCGGGGUUACAGCUGCUGGUAUUAUCGUGCUGGGAACACAAAUAUCCCUCAUCCUGCCGGUCGACUAUGAAGGCCGUCACCACGCCAUUGUCAUUGUUCAGCUUUUCUGGUUUCUUCUCGUGUCGGUCGAUGAUAUGGUCUUUUUUGCCUUGCCCAAUACGGCCCUCGUUGCAGCAACGAUUGCACUGGCCAACAUACUGGAUAACACGGGACUGAAAAUAUUUGGGUGCGUCAUGGCUACGGCUUUAAUUCUUGUGUGGUUAUGGUUUUUGGGCGUAUGA